GUUUUCAUCAACAUCAGCUGCAGUGAAGAAUAAACACACUUCAGCAAGGACCGUUGCCUCAGUGUUCCUCCCACAGCAGCUGCAGUGAAGACAGUUUAAGGAAAGUUGGGCUACGCUUGUAAGAACAAACUCACUUCAAUCAAGAUAGUCAUGGCAGACGAAAGUUAUGAUAUAAUCACUGACCCUGAGGUGGAAGCAGUUAGAGAGUUCUCUGACAAUCUGGAGACCCAGAACAUGGUGUGUGCAGUGGAAGGGCUUCAGAAAUACUUCAGUAAGUUGGAUACCGUUCAGCUGAACAUUGGCAUCACGGGAGAGUCUGGCUCUGGCAAGUCUUCGUUUGUGAACGCCCUGCGGGGGUUGGGAGAUGAGGAGGAGCAGUCUGCUCCAACAGGACCGGUGGAGACCACCAAGAAACCCACCCCCUACCCCCACCCCAAGUACCCCAACGUCACCAUGUGGGACUUGCCUGGCAUCGGAACUCCCAAUUUUAAACCAGAUGAGUACCUGGAUAAAGUGCAAUUUCAGCGUUAUGAUUUUUUCAUUAUUAUUGCAUCAGACCGUUUCAAAAAUAGCAGUGUUGACCUGGCUAAUGCGAUUCAGGGGAUGAAGAAGAAAUUCUACUUUGUUCGCUCCAAGAUUGAUGACAAUAUACGGGCAGAAGAAAGAAAGAAGAGGUUUAACAAAGAGAAUGUUCUUGACCAAAUACUAAAAGACUGCAAAAAGGGGCUUGUAGAAGGUGGUGUGGAGCAUCCAAUGGUCUUCCUCAUCUCCAGCCAUGAACUUGGCAACUAUGACUUCAAUGCCCUGCAGGAAACGAUGGAGAAGGAGUUGCCCGAACACAAGCGUGACAUGCUGCUACUCGCGCUGCCCAAUGUCACCAUGAAGAUCCACCAGAAGAAGAAAGAAGCUCUGCAGGCCAGAGUAUGGAAGAUGGCUCUCCUGUCUGCUGGCGUGGCAGCAGUUCCAAUCCCAGGCCUCUCUAUCUGUGCUGAUGUGGGCAUACUAGUGACUGAAAUAAAAAAGUAUUACCAGGCCUUUGAUUUGGAUGAUGAGUCCCUAGAAAAUCUCUCCCAUCAGACGAAGGUGCCGGUUGAGGAAUUUAAAAAAUGUCUCAAGUCCCCCCUGAAUAAGGAGAUCAGUGCUGACGUGGUGAUGAAGAUGCUGACCAAGGCGGCAGGAGCGAGCAUGAUGGUGGCAGGGCACUUCCUCACCAUCAUACCUUUUGUGGGCUCCUUGCCAGCAGGGGCUUUAUCGUUCACCUCCACCAAAGCCAUGCUGAAUAAGUGCCUGAAUGAGCUGGCUGAUGAUGCUCAGAGGGUUUUGAAGUGUGCUCUGCAGACUUCUGUCGACUGAAUAAGAGAUUGUCAUGACUAAUAAAGCAAUGGUCACAUUUGUUUAUCAUUGUUUUAUUUUACAUGGACAACAAUAUAUCAUAUCAUUAAUGAUGCUGACUGGCAUUUAUCUUUCUCUUAUUUCAUACUCUAAAAAUAUAUUUCAUACAUUAAAAAUGACUGGGUCUGAGACUGGGAUCUAUUAAUCUUAUAUUAAUGUAAAAAAAAAUCUAGUUGAUAUUUAGGGCUGUCAAAAGUAAUGUCCUCUGCAAUGCCUGCACCAAGGAAUUUGCAUAUCACCGGAGUUUGUCAACUCUAAAGUAGACUACCACAUCAAUGCAAAGAAAUAGUGUUGAUAUGGAGGGGAGAGUACAUUUAUUUUCACUGUGUCCCCUAGGUCAUAAUUGUGGCCUGAAAUGCCUUGUAUGUGAAAAUAAAACUUCCCAAAGCAC